AUGGACUCUCUUGUUGCGGCAAACACCAAAUUUUGCUUUGACAUUUUUCAAGAGAUCAGCCGAGAUGAUUGUCGCAAGAAUAUCUUUUUCUGUCCUCUGAGCCUCUCUGCUGCCCUUGGCAUGGUCCGCCUGGGGGCUAGAGGCGACAGUGGCCGUCAGAUUGAUGAGCAAAGGUUAGCUGCGGAGUACAGUGUCUAUCUUCCAGUCCUGGCUUUGGAUGUUCCUUCUUCAGGCACUGGGGUCACCUGCUCACAGCAGGAUGCUGUGCAGUGCAGCACGCACCGCUUGCCUCCUGCCUGCAAACUCUGGCCGGUUCACCUGCUGUGCCUUGUUGGAUUUAAUACUCUAGACUCUGUCAAUGUCACGCAGGUGCUACACUUCAAUGAAAUUUCCCAGGAAGAGGACAAAGAGCCCAUUCCCUGUAGGAAAAGCAGAGAAAGAGUGCCGGCUGACAGUGCCUCAGAAGGGCAGAAGGGAGUGACAGGAGCGACUGAGUCAUCCAAAGAAGAGAAUGAACUGCUGAGCUGCUACUUUGGGAAACUUCUCUCCAGAUUAGACAGAAUCAAACCUGAUUACACCAUAAGUAUAGCCAACAGGCUUUACGGAGAGCAGGAAUUCCCAAUCAGUCGGGAAUAUGUAGAAGGUGUGAUUCAAUUUUAUCACACAACAAUUGAAAGUGUUGAUUUUCGGAAAGACCCUGAGAAUUCCAGACAACUGAUUAACUUCUGGGUUGAAUCUCAAUGUCAAGGUAAAAUCAAGGAAUUCUUCAGCAAGAACACCAUCAAUGAUGCGACUGUGCUGGUCCUGGUGAAUGCUGUUUACUUCAAAGCCAAAUGGGAUAGAUGUUUUGACUAUAAACACACGGUCGAAGCAGACUUUGUUCUAAAUGAGAAGGAGAAGAAGAGUGUGAAGAUGAUGAAGCAGAAGGGUGUGUUUAAACUGGGCUUUGUGGAAGAGCUGAAAAUGCAGAUUCUGGAGAUAAAGUACACCAAGGGGGAGCUCAGCAUGUUUGUGCUGCUGCCUUCUUCUUCUGAAGACAACCUGCAGAGCCUGUGCGAGCUUGAAAGAAAUAUCACCUACGAAAAAGUAGCAGCUUGGUGCAACUCAAAAAAUAUGUCAGAAGAGAAGGUGGCUGUCUCCUUUCCCCAGUUCACCCUGGAAGAUACUUAUGAUCUCAAUUCCUUUCUCCAAGACCUGGGCAUUACGGAUAUCUUUGAUGAAAGAAAGGCUGAUCUAACCAGAAUCUCUUCAAGCCCCAAUCUGUAUUUGUCCAAGGUUGUCCACAAAGCCUUUGUGGAGGUGGAUGAGGCUGGCACAGAGGCAGCUGCAGGCAGUGGUGCUGUGGGCGUGGAGAUGUCAGUGCCAUCCUGGGCGGAGUUUAACGCUAAUCACCCUUUCCUCUUUUUAAUCAGGCACAACAAAACCCAGAGCAUUCUCUUCUAUGGUAGGGUCUGCUCUCCUUGAAAGGGAUGUGCCCUCUCUACUUCGGAGGAAAGUGGGCACUGUGCUCUUAUCACUCAGGCACGUGCAUUUUGCCUUGUCAUUUGCUUUGACUCUGAAGCUGACCUCCUUCCUCUAGUUGUCAACCGGGUGCUAGUCCCGCUCUCUCACAACCGAGAGCUACUUUUCAUCCGAAUCUCAUAGUACUGAGGACCUUUGUUCCCUUCCUAUAUUCCCACCACUCUAAACUUUCAAAUACAUAAAUUUACUCUCCUGAGACUGCAAGGUCAACAUAAUUCACAUUGGUCUUGAUUUUGUUCAACUACCUUCUUAGGCAGGAAUCCUGAGUGCAAGCAUCAGUAGAUCACUUCUUAGAGAUGGCAAACUCAUAGAUGAUCAGGAUGUUUGGCUGAAAUGAGUUUUGGACACUCAACUGUCUCCUGGGGGGCAGUUGUAAUCAUGGUGAUCACUGGGCAAGAUGCCCUGCUUCUGCCUCCUGUACCUUCUGCUGUCUUGUGAGGUCUUCUCCCCUGUCUGGAGGUAGGGCUCAGGGUGUACAUUUGGUGGUACUUCAGAAUUCUUCCACCCCCAUUUGUUUUUAACAGAGCAGGAUACAAUAUUUGUCUUGUAAAUUUGUCAUGAACUCCAGAAUGUGUCAAGCUGAUCUCAGACAGAUUGGGACUACUUUUCUAUUUUGAGUUCUCUGGGGCAUCUUGAAGCGCUCCCCCACCUCCCCUCCACCCUCUUCUGGAUAAUUCCCCUCAGUAGCUGCUCCUAAGUAGCUGACAAGAUGAGAGCAGGGUUUGCCAAUAACCUCUUUCUG